AUGAUAAAAUAUGGGGCGACGAAAUGGGAAAUCACAUGGGGCAUCAAAGAAUCACUUCAAAAUGCUGGUUGGACAGACAAUUCAAAUUUCUUGAUUAUUUCCUACAGCAAUAGUCAAGGAAAAUCGUAUUUUCGAUGCAAUCAAGGAGAAAACUCGUGUUUUCGCGGAGAAUAUGCGGAUGACAAGGGGAAAACUGCAUCGGUUUUUGUCGUGAAACAUACGGACAGAGGUCGACCAGCACCGGACUGGGUAGAAUUCAUGUGGGCGGUAACUCAUCCUUCUGACAGCCGAUUUAGUGAUACUGAAAAUACCUUCCAUGCUCCACCAAUCAAUGCAGAUCUUAAUUGCAUCCCUGAUGCAUACUGGGCUUACUACAGCGCUGCGACGGCCCGAUUCUCCGAACUCAACGGCGAGUCCGUUGAUGGCCCCGGAAUUUGGUUCUCCUACUGCGGUGGCGAUGGAAAUUACCCAGUGGAAGACUACGGCUGGGAAAACGACGAUUGCGGGGAAAAUAAACAAGGAGCAUUUGCUGUCAGCAUCGCUGGAAAGAACACAGACUUUUGGGAAAGAUACUUGCUAGACGACAGAAGAAAGGAAAACAAGAGCUGCAACAAUCUAUCAACAAUAAUUCAUCCUAACUGGUGCUCGACAAAUUGCAGCCCAAACGAGCAGCAGGGAUGUGCUGAUCUUUGCAUUGAUCGAAAACCAGGUUCCAAUCCGCCAUCGUCGCCAAAAUUCAGCGAUCAAUUGGAGUACUACUCGUUGGGAUGGUCGAAAUGCUGCCUUACUCUUGGGAUUCUCCCAGAUCAAGUUAGUUGA